AUGGCCCACCCCGCUGGUGAGACCGUCACAAUCUCUGUCCGUCGUCCGAUUGACGAUCCCGUCUUCGUGGCCGGCACUUUCUCCGAGCCGCAAUGGGAGCCUCUCGAACUGAGCUCCAAGAUGGUGGAUACCGAACCGGAUGAGGAGGGAUUGGUAUCGACAGAGUAUCUCUUCUACCGCGAGUUGGAGCUGUCGCCUGGUCAAUAUCAAUAUAGAUUCCGCGAGGGCGCUUCGGGCCCGUGGUUCCACGACGAGGCUGUCAAACAUGCUGCAGGGGAAGGAGGUCUGGUGAACAACUAUCUCACCGUCGGACCGAGCGAAGAUGUCACCGCAGAGACCGAGGAAGCCGCGCCGAAAGAAAACGGCGUCAAUGGGACUGCUGAACACGCUGCCCCCGUACAGGAACCCGUUGUCGAGGAGAAGCAGUCCGAGUCGGUCCCCGAGCCGGAACAGAAGAAGGAUGCUGAAGUGACGGAGCCUGCGACCAAUGGAGACGCGGCAGCCGAGGUCAACGGAACGGAAUCCGCCGAGCAGACCGACUCCUCCAAGCACGAAGACGUUACGACAGAGAAGGCCGACGAGGCGACGGAAACACCUGCUGAGAGCCAGCCCGCAGCGAAGGAAGCGGAAGAGGUCUCGGCUGCCCCCACCGUCACUGAGGAGGUGAAGCCUGAAUCUGACGUCCCUGUCAAAGCUGAGGAGCAGCCGGAGUCUUCGGUAGAGAGCGCCACCGUCGCGGCCACCGAAAAGGCGGUCGAAGAGCCUGAACACAAUGAGGUUUCGGAGGAGGUCACGUCGAAGCCGGCAGAGGCUGCCCCAGAGCCCGCAGCGGAGGAAUCGACCCAGGCUGAGGUUUCUGGAGAGCAGCCCGUCGUGGAGGAAGUAACCGCUGAAGUUGCUGCCAAGGAUGAUGUUGCUGCUGAGCCUGCUGCUGAAGUACCGGCCUCUGAGGAACCUGUCGCCGAGAAGCCGACGGAGUCUACUGUUGAAGAAGCUUCUACGCAGGAGGCUUCCAAGGAAGAAUCCGCCCCGAAGGAACCGGAGACCCCCGUUGCUGAGACGACUGCUGAAUCUACUGCCGAAGAGCCUACAAAGGAAGCGGAAGAGGUGAAGACUACAGCUACCGAGAUCAGUGCUGAGGCUGCUCCCGAAGAGCCCGCGAAGGAGUCGGUUACGGAAGAAGCGGAAGCGCCUAGCACCGAGGUUCCGGCUAUCGAGCCCGCAACGGAGGAGCCUGCGCAGGAAGUCGUCAAGGAGGAAGUCAAGGUUGAAGAACCCGUGGAGGAGACUCCUGCCGUGGAGGCCGCCGUUGAAGAACCCUCGAAGGAAGUGACCAAGGAGGAGUCCACUCCGGAACCCUCGACUGCCGAGCCCAGCACAGAAACCGCGGACAAGCCCACCACCGAAGAGGCCCGUGUCGAAUCUGCACCUGUCGAGGAGCAGACCACGGAAUCCGUUACCGACAAGGACGCUGUGGAACAACCAGCAGAGGAAUCCGCUGUCCCUCAAGCUUCCGAAGCCGCUGUCGAAGAAUCUGUCCCCGAGAACACUGUUUCUGAACAGACCGCGGAGGUGGCUACCGAGACCCCAGUUGCUGAUAAGCCCACUGAGCCAUCUGCGGAAGAAGCGCACGCUGAGUCUACUGUGGAGAAGGUGGAGGAGCCCAAGACAGAGGAGCCAGCUGAACAGGAGGUUGCUGAAGGUGCAGUCGAAACUUCGACCGAGACGGAGGAAAAGUCUGCUGAGCCCGCAGAGGAGCACCCCACGGAAGCAACCACCGAAAAUGCCGAGCCACCGGUCACGGAGAAGCCGACAGAGGAACCCAUCGAACAGAUCGCGGAAACCACCGAGGAAGUUGCCAAGGAGGAACCUGUCCAACAGGAGUCUUCUAACGAGCCUGUUACCGAACAGGCUACUGCUGAUGCCCCGGCCGAGGAGACCACGGAAACUCCUGCUCAAGACGUUCCUGCCAAGGAGGUAGUGACUGAAACUGUUGCGGAAGAGGCACCUGUCGAGACUUCGACCAGCGAAGUGGCUGAGGAAGCUGCCAAGGUUGACUCGGCUGUCGAGGAGCCGGUGGCUGAGCAGCCUGCCGCCGAGGAACCGGUUAUCGAGGCCUCUGUUCCAGAGACAGCUGAGGAGUCUCCCAAGGAACCUGCUGCGGAGGAAGCAGUGGCUAAGGCGGUUGCGGAAGAGCCCGCUGCUGAGGCCAUCGUUUCGGAGACCGUUGAAGAGACCGCCCCUCAGUCUGCAGUUGAGGAACCGGCCGCGGAGACUGCAGCCAAGGAUGUUGCUGAAGAGCCUGCUCAGGAGCUUGCUGCUGAAGCCGCCACUACAGAGGCUGAGGCAUCUGCCCAGCCUGCUGCUGAGGAGCCGGCUGCUGAGAAGCCAGUCGUUGAGGAGUCAGCCCCUGAGGUAACCGCUACAGAGACCGAGGAAUCCGCGCCGGAGCCUGUCGUCGAACAGUCUGCUCAAGAGAUUCAGCCCGAGGAAGUUGCCGAGCAGCCGGCUGUUGAAGAGCCGGUCGUCGAGGAACCAGUGGCAGAGAAGACAGUUCAGGAAGAAGAACCCGCCAAGGAAGACGUGCCUGAAGUGACGGCUGCACAUGACGAGACUGUGAAGGAAGAAGCACCGGCUUCCCAGGAGCCUGCUCAUGAAGAAGCUGCUCCCGCAGCUCCCGAGUCGCAGGAGACUGUUGAGGUUGCCGCUGAGGCCAAGGAGGCGGUUGCUGAAGAACCUGAGCAUGCUGCUGAAGCCCCGGCUGCUGAAGAAUCAGUGAAGGAGGAAGUCGUCGCAGAGACCAAGCCUGAAGAAUCCGUCCCCGAGGAAACUACCAAGGAGCCAACCGCGGAGGAGCCUGCUGUUCAGGAAUCUCAGCCGACCGAGGAGCCCAGUGAGGACCCUGUCGCAGACGAGUCGACGGACGAAUCCUCCAACUUGGCCGAGUCUACUGUCGCUACAACUGCCGGAGACGAGAUCGUCUUUGACAACCAGUCGACCAAGGAAACUGAGCCAGUCACCGAAGAACCUAUUGAGGAAGCUGUUGAGGAGGCUGUUGUCGAAGAACCUGCUGUAGAGGAACCUGUUAAGGAGGUCGUCGUUGAGGAGCCUGCUGUCACGGAACCAGUCACCGAAGAGCCCGUCGUCGAGGAAUCUGGUAAGGAGGCUGUUACCGAGGAGCCUGCUGCCACGGAGCCUGCUGUCGAAGAGCCUGUCAAGGAGGCUGUUGUCGAAGAGCCCGCCGCCAAGGAGGUCGUCGCUGAGGAGCCUGCUGCCAAGGAGCCUGCUGUUGAAGAGCCUGUCAAGGAGGCUGUUGUCGAAGAGCCCGCCGCCAAGGAGGUUGUCGAGGAGCCUGUUGUGAAGGAGGCCGUCGCUGAGGAGCCUGCUGCCGAAGAGCCUGCUGUCGAAGAACCUGCUGUCGAAGAGCCUGCUGUCGAAGAACCUAUCAAGGAGGCUGUUGUCGAAGAGCCCGCCGCCAAGGAGGUUGUCGAGGAGCCUGUGACUCAGGAGCCGGCCGAGGAGGCUGCCGUUGAGGAACCUGCUGUCGAGGCGCCUGCGGCUCAAGAGGCUGAAAAGGAGACUGUUGAAGAGCCGGUUGCGGAAGUUGCCCAAGAACAUGCGGCAGCCGAGUCGGUCCCCGAGCACUCUGAGAAGGAGGCUGUUGCUGAGGCUACUGUUGCUGCAGUUGCAGCAGUCGCGGCGGCGGAGGUUGUCGACAAGGUUGCUGAGCCAGCUGUUCAGGAGCCUGAGGCUGCAACCGCUGAAGCUACUGAGGCUCCGGUUGAGACGGAGAAGGAGAUUGCUCCCGCAGAGCCUGCCCCUGAGACCCACGAAGAAACGGUCAAGGCUGUAGAGCCACAGGAGCAGAAGGCUGCGGAGGAAGCUGUUGCACAGGUCGAGGAGCAGGUUACCGAGCCGGUGCACGCGCCUAAGGAUGAGCCGGCUGCAGUUGAGACUGUCGUCGAGCCAGCUGCUACCGAGGAAUCCCCUAAGGCCGAAGUUGCUGAGGCUGUUAGUGUCGAGAAGGAGGAACCUGUCCAGGUUGAAACUGUCAGUGAGCCAGCCCCAGCUGAGCCUCAAGCCAAGGAAGUGCCUGUGCCUGUGCCUACCGAGGUGGAGGCUCCUGUUGAGGCCAACACUGUGUCAACACAUGAAGAGCCUAUUCCUGAGACGGCCAAGGAGACCGCUCCUGAGGAGUCUGCAAAGGACAGCAUCUUCAGCCCUGAAGUUCUGGGCGCAGGUGUUGCUACGGUUGCUGCCGGUGCUGCCAUUACCGCCGGAGUGUAUGCGGCCACUCACAAGGAAUCCGAAGUUGUUCCCGAGCACGUCGAGUCCAAGCAAGAUCCCGUCCAGCCUGAGAACACAGACAAGGCAGUCGUCGCCGACCACAAGCCUACCGAGCGUAAGGAUUCCCCAUGUCCUGCAGCGAAUCAGCUGGGAGUUACCGAAUAUGAAGCUGACCCUGUCACAGCGGUUACCGAGGCGCCUUCUACCGAACAGGCAUCUGCAUCUAACCAACAGCCGCAUGUUGAAGACGAUGCCGAGGAGCAGACCAAGAAGGCUACCGAGCCCCAGCCCGCCACCGCCGAGCCCGCCGCGCCGUCCGAGAAUGCUGCCGACAAGGCAGUUGCCACCAAGGGCGACGAGGAAGAUCGUGCCCAAAGUCAAAACCGGUCAGUCACAGCUGUUUCUCUGAACCGUAAACAUGACAGCUGGUUUAAGACCAUCCUCCGGGCUGUGUUCACCAAUUUCUUUGGGGCUAUCUUCUCGCCGUUCCGUCGUCGUGGAAGGAACAACCAGUAG